GCUUCAUUCAGAGAAGGCAGUGGUUUUGGAAGAAGUUGCCUUUUGAUCCCGAGGAUUUCUAAGCUUAAAGAACUUGUUAAGUAUUUGAGAGUCAGAGGUUCGAAGUAGGAUCGUGUCAAGAUGCGGCUUUCUCUCGGGUUUGCGACCGUAUUGGUCUUGUUUGCAGCAGGCAACGCCCAAUAUGGCGGAAUGGGCGGCAUGGGCGGCAUGGGCAUGGGCCAACCCGGUAUGGGCCAGGGAAUGCAGGGAAUGGGACAACCAAGGCCCGGCAUGGGACAACAAGGGAUGAACCCCGGCAUGGGACAACCGAGGCCCGGCAUGGGGCAAGGCAUGAACCCCAACAUGGGACAACAAAUGCCUGGCAUGGGGCAAGGCAUGAACCCCAACAUGGGACAACCAAGGCCUGGCAUGAACCCAAUGCCAGGUCAGGGAGGAGGAGCGAUGGAACAGCUUGGCGCAUUCCUGUCUACAGCGGGUGGGAGCAUCUUAAAGAAGUUGAACCUGGGCGUUGGGUGUAACCUGUGUACCUCAUUCAUCACCGGGGCACAGCAAUCCGUCUUCCAACUCAGGAAUCAGGCAAUAAACCAAUCUCAGCAAGUCUGCAGCACUCUUCCCACUCCCAACUGGCAGCUUUCUAAUCAAUGCAACCAGCUGACGUCAUUCGUCGUCAACCAGACCAUGCAACUUUUCCAAUCCACUCCUGCCCAGGAGGUCUGCAAGGCCCUCACCUUCUGCAGCCAGCAACCCCAGCAACCCCAGCAACCCCAGCAACCGAACAACCCCUGGAUGAACCAGAAUCCCUAUAACCAACAACCACAACAGCCACAACAGCCACAACAACCACAACAACAACCUUACAACCCCUUCAUGAACCAGGCUCGUCCACAGACACCCAACCAGGGUUAUGGCCAAGGAUAUGGACAGCAGCCGCAGGGGGGUGGAUUCGGCCAAAUGUUCGGACGCAGAAGGAGGUCCCUCAACUUGAGAGACCUCAUCCCCAACUUCGUCAAACAAAUGGAUUCACUCAUGGAUAACUUGGAGAACACCAUUUGCCAAAGCUGUGAGAACGUCGUUAAUAGGAUGCAGGGAGAUGUAACGAAUGAACAGACACUGAGUCAAAUUGGCAACCUUUUGAGGGAGUCUUGUGACGUCAUGCCCUGCAUCAACAAGACUGAAUGCUACAUCGUCGCUAAACACUACCCUGCCGCUCUAAAGGACUUCGCAUCCAACAUGUUUAACGCAAGAGAUACGUGCGAAACCUUCCGCCUCUGUGGACCCAACAGCCGCGUCGGUAUUUCCGGUGGGUCCGACUUCCCCGGUUUCGGCUUGGAAGCCUUCCUCCCCGUUCAGGAACCCGCAGAGGAGGAAAGCGUUACCUUCAAUUUAAAUGGACGUACCAAGAGACAGGUUCCAGGAAUGGGCCAGCAGUCACCGUAUGGUCAAUUCCCAGGCAUGCAAGGUCAAGGCAUGCAAGGUCAGGGAAUGCAGGGUCAGCAAGGUCAGGGUAUGCAAGGAACCAAUCUUCUGGAUUUCGCCUCCAUGUUGGACCGACUUCUCACGAGUUUUGGUGUCCAGAUUCCAGGCCUUGGCAUGCUAGGUAGGAGGAUGCAGAUGUUGAAAACAGGAAUGAGUGCCAUGAGCGCCAUGGGGGGCAUGGGCGGUAUGCCCAGGAUGGGCGGCGGUAUGCCAGGAUUCGGACGCAAGAAGAGGGCUACUGAAGAUUCAAUGGACGAAGAGAGACAGCGUUUCACCCGACAGGUCCCUCAGUCGCAAUUCAAUCCUUUCCAAGGCCAACAGCAAAGACAGGGCAUGCAGGGAGGACAAUCAUCUGUGCUCGAUUUCAUCCCCAUGUUGGACCAGCUCCUCAAGAGUUUCGGCAUCACCAUUCCAGGCUUAGAUAUGCUCGGAAGAAGACAACAGCAGUUCAAAGGAAUGGGCCAGAUGGGCCAGAUGGGCCGUAUGAACGGUAUGCGCGGCGGUAUGGGCCAGAUGGGCGGUAUGGGCGGCAUGCCCGGAUUCGGACGCAAGAGGAGAGACACAGGAUUUAAUAUGUUGCUUGGUCUAGUGAACGAGCAGAACCUGAACCACCAAAGCGACGAGCAGCAGAGACAGAAGAGACAGAUGAUGAAUCCUCCUUACAACCCCUACCAGCAGUUCCCACAACAGCCUCAGCAACAGUUCCCUCAACGGCCACAACAGCCACAACAGCCACAGGAGAAACCAUCUUGGUUUAACGUACCCGCCAUGCUGGAUAGCAUCCUCAAGCGUUUCGGUAUCAACAUUCCAGGCCUCAAGAGUCUAUUGGGAGGUAAACAACAACAACAACAACAGCAGCCGCAGCAACAAUACCCUGGUAUGGGAGGUGGCAUGGGUGGUAUGCCUGGCAUGGGAGGCAUGGGAUCAUAUGGCCGUAAGAAGAGGGCCACCACACCCUUCGAUACCCAAGUCGAGCCUGAACAUAGUGAAGAGAUGGCGAGGUGCAUUGGAAGUGCUAUGACAAAUGAAACAUGGAAGUGCCAACUUUGCAAGCGAGGAAUGACCGCCAUGUCCCACGUCCUCGAUAUCCAAAUGUCUCACGAAUCGUCUGGUUUGCAGAACAUGUGCCGCCUUCUCCCAGGAAAUCUUCGAACUAUGUGUCAGUCCGAGCUGCUUCCCGUACGUCAACGUGGUGGUCAAGGAAGCCCAUCAGCCAUAGGUAACCCGGUCGAGGCCUGCCAAGGACUUGGAUACUGCCUGAACGAGAGGCUCCCAUAAGCUAUGAGGCACAGUCAGAAGUAGCAAGCACCCCCGUUUCAUCCCAAUUUUACCAAGAAUAGGUUGGUUAAGGGUGGGUUUGGCCACGCCCAUCCCGUUGACCACGACCAAAUGAAGGACAAUGCUCUCUCCAUUAUCUCUCUUUCCUGAUGUCAAUUUCCAAUACUUCCCAAAAUCCUAACUUCCACCUUAGCACUAACCCUAAUUUUAAACAUAAUCCAAUUUUCAACCAUGCCGAUUCGUAUAGUAUAAGCCAUCCAGACUUGUCAUACAACUCGAUGAAAGGGAAUAUGAUUGUAUCUAAACUUGUGAAACUGUAUUACAUAAUAAUGUUUUUAUUUACAUCCGGUGCAGUGUCUUAAACCGGUGGUCAAAAUCUAUAGUUUGAUAAAAAACGAUUUCCAGUUGACAGCGGAUAAUGAACAUGAUUUUUGGCGGCACAAAAUUGAUUAUCCAAUUAAGUUUUGAUAAAUCCACUAAAGUUUUGAUAAAUCACAACAUUUACAAUCCAACAAAAUUAAGAUUCCCCAAUCUACGCAAAUUAUCUUACAUAACAUAACCAAUUAUUUAUAUAUUUUCAAAUGUCAUAAUUCGUACUAAUUUAAUUAUGAUCCAUAUUAAGUUCUGGAAAUUUAGCAUGU